CGAGAAAAUUGCCCAAUUAGACCAUUUAGGGCUGUCUUAAGCUACCUUUACUCAUGACAGAACUACGCACGAAAGAGCAUACGUCCAAAAAAACUCUGCGACCUCUCACGCAAUCAAGUCGCAAUUACGUAUGAUUCCAACCUAAUCACCUUAAAUUAUGUCAGAGGCAUAAAAUCAACAUUGCUGGUUCCUUUGAGGGAACAGUUGAGAUUGGCCACGCCAGUAGUAAACACUGCUGACAUUUUGCGAGGAGUCUCCUUUGAAACAACGUCGUUGAAAUAUGAUCCGGAGCGGAGUUGCUUUACAUUGUCUUACGUGAAUGGGAGCGGCUGACAGUGGAUUCGACGGUACGGCGUUACAUGGGGGAGAGGUGGCUGGUGCAUAAAUGAGAUCGCCCCGAUACCUGCUGUACGGAGCGACGAUAAUUCUCACUCUCACCUGGCUCCCGCUCAUCAUUAUCACCGUCCAUAGGAGCGUCACCGUCAUUUCCGGACUCCGCCGCGUCCAGAACAAGGAGCUGAUCGACAGGAAUCUGGACGCGGACUACUUCAGUCAGACGAUCGAUUUCGACUAUGCCGAGGAGAAGAUGGGAAAGCGACGGGAGACGAUGCGGAAGGCUUGCGAGGAGACGGGGCUCAGCGUUCCUGGGGACGAUCCCGAGCACAGACUCAACGCUUGGGAAUACCUCAUCAACAAAGAGCACAACCUCGUAUGGUGCAACGUGUUUAAGGCAGCCUCAACUUCGUGGCUGUACAACUUCAACAUCCUAGCGGGCUACUCGUCUGGCGAGCUUCGCAAGAGCAAGAUCUCGCUGAUCGAACUGGCUCGGCGGCGCUAUCCGCGGCCUAGCGCAGCCGAGCUCCUAGCCGUGGCCAACACCUCUCAUACCUUCAUCAUCGCCCGUCAUCCCUUUGAGCGGCUCCUCUCUGCCUAUCGGGACAAGAUCCUCCGACCCAUAGUUCACACCCUCCACCACAAGCUCGGCUUGCAGAUCAUCCAGAAUUACCGAUUCAACACCACUAAGAAAAGAAAUCACAAGAUUCGAUCAAACAGGCCGACAUUUUCAGAAUUUGUUUCCUACAUCAUUGAUGAGUACAAGAAGACACCAGAAAUGGAUUUUCACUGGAUUCCCAUCCAUCGAUUUUGUACUCCCUGCCUUAUUCCCUUCAACAUCAUCAUGAAAUUUGAAACCUUAAAUGAGGAUUCAGCCUACCUUAUAGAAAAAGCUAACAUUGCGCACAGAAUCAGGCCUGAGUGGAAGAAUCCAAACAAAGAUUUGGUUAAAACACGCUCACUGAUGCAAUAUUAUUACUCACAACUGACGGACGAACAGAAAAAAGCACUGUAUGAUAUCUACAGAUAUGACUUUAAAAUCUUUGAUUAUUCCAAGGAGCAGUACCUGACAUAAGAAGAGAGGUCUGAUGCGGUAAACCGACGAAAUAUGGAAAAAAUGGAGACAUUCGGUAGUUUAGCUGAACCAUUAAAGGCACACAACGACAUACGCUGGGGUAAAAUACAUUAUCUUUGUAUUGACUGAUAAAGCCUCACAAAUAAGCACCAGUGACCUCGGUGAUUGAGCUUGAAGGAGAAGGAAUACCACCGACAUUUGGUUACUGCGGAGGACUGUCAUGGAUAGUAAAAAAGCCAUUGAUAUAAACACAACAUCAAAUAACUCGAGUAAAAUGACGGAAAAGGGAAAAAUUCAUUCUUUUCGUUUUCGUUGCUAAAGAUCACACAUUAUUAAUUGAAUCAGUGAGAACGAAAACACACCAACUCGGUAACUCAGAAAUGCUCGAUUUCCAUUAAAGAUGGUUGAUUUACAUAAAAGUCAUUGAAGUUAGCGCAUCUGUUCCAACUUGGACCUUUAAAGUGUCCAUUAGUACUUGUAUUUCAGCAGCAAAAAUCUUUUUCUGAAAGUAAUUUCUUUACCUACUGUGAAGUUAUGUGUGUGUCUUGAUUAUGACUAAGAGUGUCGGCCAGCCAUUUGCUAUCGGGACUUUAGUAGGACGUCAUUUUCCUUGACCGGGGGUGGCUACCGCCACUCUUGAUUUUAAUUUUUCCGAAUUGGUGUGCAUUUUCAUUCUCACUGAUUCAAUUAACCGUAUCCAUUCAAGGGUGUCUGGCAAAAUUUUCUUCCCCCUAUCUCGAACUUUCCACUAUUCUCCCUAACUCUUGGGAUAUCCCCCUUCUUCACUUUCUGAGAUUUUACCUGACCUUCUUUCCAAAAUUAAAAAAAGCAAAAAAAUCAACAUAGCUAGGCGCCAAGUGCCAUUACAGACUAGUAGGGAGUCCGGAUUAGCUAUGGGCUCAGUAUUGUAGCACUGUGAAGCUAUGCAAAGAAUCACAAUCUUGCAAGAGAGUUCGCAACUCUUCUUGACUUCCCCGGUCGCUAGACACUCUGCCAUCAGCCUCAAGAAUCUUCUACUUAGUAUGACCGCUCUCAGCAUUUAAGGGAUACCCGAAGUUGUCACACUCUAACCAAUAAUAAAAACUAUUGUUAUCGUUGAUACCUCACCAAAGUGGUAGAUAGCUCACACAACUGUUGAUUAAGGAUCGUAGAAUCAGAUAUUCACUGACUUUGACUUUAUAUUGCUCUUGAUAGACAACUUGGUAGAUCAUAGAUUUUAAGGAUGUAGAGAUAUUUUCAUUUGUGAUAUUGAUAAAGUAAGAUUUAUUCGUAAUUCCUUUUUUUUUUUUUUUUUUUUUUUUUUUUUUUUAUAGCAACAUAAACUAUACAAACGCUUGAAUGAAUGCCUGAAAACUAGUUAUUUAGUAUUAAGUUCGAAAUUAGAGAUAAUAACUAUUAUGAUUUUAAGAUGAUAGAAACUGUGAUGGAAAGGAUUAAUGACCUACUUUGUUGAUAAAUUCAGUUUGUUUCUGAUUAGGGAUUGUUUGCGGGAAAGAGAGGAGAUGCGCCUUAAUUACCUCAAGCCACUGCAAAGACAGCUACGCAGAUACAAAAAAAUUCGGCAACGGCUACGCUUUGAGAUUCUUUGAUAUGAUGUUCCUUGCAAUCUCCUGAGUAUGAGCUUUUAAAAUUGGACUGUUUGGGUGCUAAUCUUUGGAAACCUAAGUCUGAAAAGUUCGCAUUUUGGUAGUUUCACACACUUAAUCUUCUUUAACUGCGUCUCGCCCAUUGAAAAGAUCAGACAGAGGACAGACUUGCAGCACUUGGUACAUCAACUCACGAUCAGUUCAAAAUGUAAGGCUCCAAAUCUUAGACUCAGUUACAGAGCCACAUCUCCAAACAAUGACGAGGAAAAUGCACUUUUCAGGUCCGAUUUUAUCAAGAUUGGCACAUAGAAAGUUUGAUUUUAUAAGUUCAUCUUAUGAGGAAAAUCAUAUAAAAAAAUCUUGAAAUUUAAUUGAUGUCGAAUUUUUUGGUCUGUGUGUGUAGUCCUUUCAAGAUUUAUUGACCGGUCAGGAGCGAUUAUUUGUGAUUUGGUACUGGAGUUUUGUUGAUAAUAGACUGUAAUGAUUAGUGCAUUAUUAAUAUUUGAGCAUGAUGAGCAAAUUAUUUUUUUAAAAACCAGGAACCAACGAUUGAUAGUAGAGCUGGCUGAGAAACUACAUCCAAAACCACUUUAUCAUCACACCUUGUCAAAUUUCUUUAAACUUGAGUUUAAAGACAUCAGUGCAAUAUGCCUCACAACAUGACACCUUGCUGUGGAGUUUCAUUCAUUUCAGGAUUGGCACCUGAAUGAGGGAUCUUAUAGUAUUGACACACUUUGGUUUCGAGUGCUAGUGAACAGGUCAAACUGCACAAAAAACGUAUAAACGUUUCCACAUGCAUUUGUAAACUUGCUCACAAGUAUUCAAACUCAAAAAGCAUAAGUGCUGAUUGUACCUAGAGGACUUCCCGUGUGCUUCGAUAAUUAUAGAAAAUUUCACCAACUUUGCUACGCAUCAAGUUGGAGUGAUUAUUAUUCUAGUUGUACCCUUUGCAUACGUUGCAAGUGUUUUAUUAAAAAUGGGGGUCAUCGGUGCAUUAUUCAUCGAUGUUCGUGAAAUGUGUUGCAAAAACCCUCAUCAAUGAUUGUGAAAUUUGCCCGGGCCAUCGAUGAGUGAUGCACUGAUGACUCAAACUUUCAACUUAAAACUGGCAACGUGUGCAAAGAGCAUUGUAUGGAUAGACUUCAAAUUUUGGUAAUAUCUAAAGACAAAAACGGAAAAAAAUGCGGGAAAAGAAGACAAAAAAGAAAAAGGUGCAAGGUAACGUGAGGCUACCUAUUAUUUUUCAUUAAGAACGUUGCCUGGUUGCUAUAAAGAUUCAGCAGAAUUGUUUUUUUAUCCUGAUAUAUUUAGUUUAGGUGAGUAUCUGUGAUAAAAUUUUGAAAUAAAUUGUUGACAUCAAA